AUGGGCCCCAAAGUGCAACGCACACCAUUGAAGAAGGAAGCCCAGGAAGAAGAAGAUCUAGAAAACCUGCACUUUCUUCGGAAAGACCAGCAGGAUGUGCUCGAUCAGCUCAAGGUUAAGAUCGACGCGACUCUCGUCGAGGAGCGAACCGAAGCUGCCGCGAAGGUUCACCGCUGGAGGCUGGAUACUUGUUUCACCGCGUUCGCCGCCAUCAAAGAACGCAUCUACCGGGCUGAUCCGGAGAAGCGGACCGAGCACAAGAUGGUGGCCGUGGAGUUCGAGGCCUUAUUCGAUCAGCUGGCGAUGGCGCUCGGGGGUUGGAACGUAGGAGCUGUUCAACCUGCAUCGUACGAGAACUGGGAGAAGUUCAAGGUGAUGUUCGUCGACGUCGUGGAUAAGGCGAAUGAGUCUGACCGGAUCAAACUGUAUCACCUCGAGAAGGCUCUGGUUGGUGAAGCGUCCGGGUUCAUAGACGCCAAGACCAUCCAGGAUGGGAACUACACCCAUGCCUGGAACCAGCUAACGGAACAUUACGAAGACAAGCGCAGGAUGGUGGACCUUCACAUUGGAGGUCUGCUCAAGGUGAAGAAGCUGUUCUGCCAAGACCACUUGGAACUGCGGGCCCUGAUGGACUCCGUCGUUGGGAACGUCGAGAAUCUAAAGUACCUCGGCCAAGAGUUUACUGGAGUAUCGGAACAAUUCGUCGUCUACCUCCUGGGCCACGCCCUAGAUGACGAAACCAGGAAAGUAUGGGAGUCUACGGUCGCGAAAGGUGUCCUGCCGAAGUACGACGAGAUGAUUAAAACCCUUAAAGAUCGUAUUUCGGUUUUGGAACGAUGCGAUAGCACCAACGAGGCAGCACCCACGCAACAUCAUCGAGCAGAUUCCAAGCCAACCAACAAUGAAUCGUACCAGAUCGCCAACACAGCUAUCACGUCGCUUCCGGGACCCAAGUGCGAUUUCUGCAACGAACGUCAUCUGACCUUCAAGUGUGCGGCGUUCCACAGUCUGACGGUGUGCCAGCGCAUGGAAAAGGUCAGAGAACAGUGCGUCUGCUUCAACUGCCUGCGCGCUGGGCACGGCGCUAAGAAAUGCAGACGAAAGAGCUCUUGUGGUAAGUGCCAACGCAGACACCACACUCUACUGCACGACUUCUACCGGAAGUCAACCGCGCCGCAGAGACCAGCUCCUGCUAUGCGCCGACUCGUUGAACCACUUCCGCCAGCGAAAGUGAACGACAGCCCUACUCCGAUGCUUCAAACCGCAAUCGUCGAUCUGCGCAACGAAAACAACCGACCUGUGCCGUGUCGCAUCCUAUUGGACUGCGGUUCGCAGGUAAAUUUGAUGUCCACCUCGAUGGCGAAUCGUCUCAACCUGAAAAGGAUUCCAGCGCACGUCCCGAUCUGCGGUAUCGGAGGCAAAACGAUAAACACCAAAGAGUCAGUAACCGUGCAGCUCCAGUCCCGGUACAGCGCCUUCACGGCGGACGUGGAGUGCUUGGUCGUCCCGAGAGUGACAGGCAGGGUUCCUGCGUCACAGGUCAAUGCCAACGAUUGGCCAAUUCCAAAGGGUGUUCAGUUGGCCGAUCCCAAGUUCCAUAUUCCAGACCGCAUUGACAUGCUUGUCGGUGCAUCCUUGUACUUCCGCCUGCUGAAGCGAGGUUUCGUACAUAUGUGGGACAACUACCCGGAACUGAGUGAGACUCACCUGGGUUGGGUUGUCGUCGGAGGUGCUGGGAUAUCCGUCACUUGUCCGGAGUUCGCGCACGCUGCGACUGCGUUGGAGAGAGCUUCGGCUGGGCGUUCCCCCAGCCCGGGGGGAGGAUGUUGGAGCCCCAACGCGUCGAGAAGAUCGGCAACACUGGUCAACGAGGUUUGA